AUGUUGCUUGCUCGCUGGAUGUUCAGCUUGGAGCAGACCACAGCAGGCCGUAUCUUGUUUGGACGAACGGCGUGGAUGUGGUUCUACAGGUUUCGCCGGUUCCGUUCGGGAGCAAUCGACAUGGGCGACGUGCGAUUCGAAAACGACCCGAUUAUUCCAGGGCUGUGGGUGCGUUCUGAAGGACGAGUUCCAAACUACGACAUUGUGCUCUUUUGGAUGCAUGGAGGUGGGAUGGUCACACACUCACCUUACAUGUAUCUGGAGUUCAUGACAGCGCUAGUCACAUCAUUACAUAUGCAGGGCUUCCGAUCCCCUGCCAUCUUUAUGCUCAAGCACAGCUACGCCCCCGAGCACCCGUUCCCACAUCAACUCGAUGAGGCGGCAGUCGCGUGGAACUACCUCCAAAAGGAACACCCAGCGGCCAACUUUGUGUUUGCCGGUGACGGUAGUGGUGCGAACCUAGCUCUAUCUCUAUUACUGCAUCUCACACGACCCUGUCUUGGUGUCACUGAGUGUUUGACGAACGUGAAACCACAGGCAGCUCUGCUAUUGAGCCCGUGGCCCAACUGGAAAACUAGCAUGCGUGAGGAGACAGAAAACUGCUACUUUUCAGCAUUCCAUUUGCGCAGGUAUAGAAACUACUACAUUGCUCGAGCCAAGGAGACGUCGCCAUACUUUGACCUCUCGUGUGUCACAUCUCUGUCAUGGUGGAAAGAGUCCUUCCCUGAAAAGGGUAUGUAUCUCAUUUAUGGCACAGAGGAGAUGUUCGCCAACGAGAUAGAAGAGCUUUAUGGGGUCCUUCGGCUAUGUGGACCCAUCAAGAUUGAUGGGGAGCUGCGUCAGAUUCACUGCUGGCCCAUCACAACGCACUUCCUUGCCCGAGACGAGUAUGUCCGCGGCGCAGGAGUGUUCGCGAUAGCCUUGAAUCUCGGAAAGAUGUUAAUUUGGGGUAAUGAUGUGAAGUGA